AAAAUAUUAAUGUAAAUAUACUUGUUUUCAUUUGUGAUAUAUGAUAUGACUUAUGUCAUGAGCAGAUAUAGUACGACAUCGAUGUAUCGAUCUUUCUGCCUGGAUCGAAUCAUUCGUACACAAGUCAUGUCGUAAUUCAAUACGUAUCUAUCUCUAUCUGAACCUCUUGUGAGUAAAAUGGAUAGAGUGAACAUGAACAUAUUAUUCAUCUUUGAAUUUAUAAGACCUAUACUGUAACCCUACAGUAAGUUAUCUGUAAAUACAUAUAAUGGCCAUAUGUAGGCCAAUCAACAGUGUUCCCAGAAACGGUACGUACUCAGCACUCCUUAUUUUAGAGACAUGUGCAGUCACAGCUGUUAUCUAUCUCUAAGUGAGGGUGUGCAAAGUACAAGAAAAACUCUGGACGUCCGUGGCGGAGUGGUUACGGUCGCUGUCUUCAAAUCACUUGCCCCUCAUUGAUGUGGGUUCGAACCUCACUCGGGACAUUGAAUUCUUCAUAUGAGGAAGCCAUCCAGCUGGCUUACGGAACAUGGGUGGUUCUACCCAGGUACCUGCUCGCGAUGAAAUAAUGCAUGGAGGGGAACUCAUCAAAGCUGGAAAGUCGCCUAAAAUUGUGUCGGUGCGAGGUUAGACCCAAGAAAAACUCAGGUGUCUGCCCCCAACUUUAAAUGUCAGUAGGAACACUGAUCAAACAAUGGCCAGAUUACAAUUGUCAGUAUUCUUUUUGAAGUGGCUAUAGGUAGCUGGUUUUCACUACCUAUAACACUUAAAUCUACGUAGCCGGUUUUAUGUUUACACAUCGUAAGUCAAAGGUAGUCGGCUUUAUAAUUAACUGUAUUAUAAAGACUCAUGAUUAUAUUACUUAAAUUAAUUACCCGAUACAUAUUUGAGAUACCAUUAUUCAUUCUUAAAACAAAUCAAACCGCUAAAAAAUAAAAAGGGCAAAACAAAGGUGGUGGCGGUUAGGAGUUAAUUUAUUCUCCCUGCGGGGAGUCCCAUAUGGGCGAGAAUAUUCGCGUCUUCGAUCGCUGUCCAUUUUAGAGCAUCAGCGCGCAUCUUGUCAUGCUGUCCCUCAUACAUGCAGAGUACCAGUCUCACCGUUGUGGAAAAUGAUACAACCAGCAAUGAAAAUCUUUAGUCAAGGAAGCCUUUAUCCGGCAAUCAACAUAAACUGUCAUUAUUGUUUAAAUGGAAUCAAAAUGACAACACAGUCUGUCAUGUCCAUAGCUGUCAAGCCUCCAUCUAUAAAGGCCACGAUUGUGAUUAGUGUUCGAAGGAAAGGUUGUCCCUCAUGGGGGUCUGGAGGGCGAUGAUCCCUAGAAGCCGGAGGCGCUUAAGGAGUGGGGAAAUAUUAUACUAGCUUCCAAGGUGUGGGGAAAGUGUCUGUUACAUCAAUAAUUAUAGAGCUUUAGAAACCUGGUAAUGAGUACAUGUUUGUUAAACAACUAAUUUUUUUUUUCAGCUGAACGACAAGCACUGGGGUUUAUUUUCUACUGGCUGGCUGCAUAAGUGCAUAUAUUAUGCAAGAUGUAUGCCUCAACUAGUACUGGUACUAGUAAUCUUGACAAUGAUAAACACACAGAAAAGAAAACACACACUGUUAACAGCCGCAAUCAAGUGCGCCCGAGACGCUAUAAGCGAAUUAAAUUCACAAAGGGUCAUUCAAAACCUGUAGAAACUAGUGAGCAUACAGUUGAUAACAGUGUCCAAAAGAAUGAAUCGUGUUUAUUUAGUGAUGAACGUCAAACAGAGGCUUUUGUUAGUAGUCACAACCGGCUUCUGCAAGGUAAUUGUAAUGAUGGCAAAAAUCUGGAGGACAUCAAUUUCCAGUUGAAUAAUAUGGGAAACACAGCAAGUGUGACAGAGUUUCCUACAGAUGUCGAUGAUGAUGCAAUUAACUCAAGAAACAUUAACCUCACAGAUGAGGAUGGUAUAAUUAAUAGAAGUUUUAUUGAGGAUUCUGUGUCAGAUUCAGAACAGGAUUAUGAAGACUUGAUAGACAUUGUAAAGCAUCAAGAGGAUCCUCUGGUUGACACACUUUUGUUUGAUCUGAGAAAACAGAAUAAUUGGGAAAAUGAGGACAGUGACACUGACAGUGAGAAUGAAAAUGGAUACUGUGAGUCUCUGAACCAACCUCUCAGCCCGGGACAUCUGUUAACAUUGAAAACAAGUGUGUUGAUGGUUUGGAUGUAUGCAAUAUGUCAUUGCUUAACUGCAUCCCAGCUAGGUGACCUUCUUACAUUGAUAAACUUACAUUUAAUGGCUUUACACCCUGUGUACAGUAGUUUACAUAGAUUUAAGAAUGUUCUUAGUAAAGACAUUGCAGCUGAAAGUCUGAAAAGACAUUUUUAUUGUGGAAAAUGUUUUCAUCCAUGUAACGAAAACCAUGAAGUUUGUGAAAAUGAACUAUGCAGGAAACAGCUUGAUAAAAAUUGUCGAGCACAUUUUGUUGAACUUAACAUUCUGGCUCAGUUGAGAAACUUGUUUAAAAGAGAAGAUUUCAAAACUGGCCUAGAUUACCGUCUUCAACGAAAUAAACAAUCCAGUGAAAACAUUGAAGAUGUGUAUGAUGGUCUGUCAUAUAAAAAGUUAAUGUUAGACUUUGACCAGUCGGCAACAAACCUUACUUUUACUUUUAACACUGAUGGCGUCCCCAUUUUCAAAUCAUCUAAAACAUCAAUAUGGCCAGUAUUUUUGAUGAUCAAUGAGUUGCCUUUUAAAAUGCGUGCUAAUAGAGAUUUCAUGAUACUUGCUGGUUUGUGGUGUGGUCAAUCAAAACCAGAUAUGAACCUUUUCCUUACACCAUUAAUAAAAUCAUUCAUUGCUCUAGAGAAAGGUGUUGAAAUAAACAAUAAACAUGUUGUAGGUCAUCUUCUAUGUAUGUCAUGUGAUCUACCUGCCAGGAGUGCUGUAUUGAAUAUGAAUAAUCACAACGGGGAUAGUUCAUGUAUCAAGUGUUUGCAGACUGGAACAAAUUUCAGAACUGCAAACAAAGGCAACGUAAGAGUAUUUCCAUAUGUACAAGACAAUCCGAAUGGUCCUCCUAGAACUCACACAGAUCUUAUUAAUGAUUCGUAUAAAGCAUUAACUGACAAAUCCAAACAUGUUAGAGGAAUUAAAGGACCUUCAAUGCUUAUGUUAUGUCCCAAAUAUGAUUGUAUUAAAGGAACAGCAGUAGAUUACAUGCACAUGCUUUGUCUUGGUUUAGUGCGUUUGUUGCUUAAUUUAUGGUUUAAUGUUUCUAACAGCUCACAGGUCUUUUCUGUGUACAGUGAUGUGAAAAUUGUUGAUGACCGCCUUGAAAACAUCAAAGUUCCUUAUUUCAUUAAAAGGAAGCCAAGGUCUAUUUCAGAUAAUCUGAAGUUCUGGAAAGCUGCAGAGCUUAGAUCUUGGUUUUAUUACUACUCUGUACCGUGUUUAACUGGAAUUCUGCAACCACGGUAUCUGUAUCAUUACUGUGCCUUUUUACAAGCUAUGUUUCUGUUGAACCAGUCAAGUAUUUCCCAAAGUGACAUCUUGAAAAGUGAAGCAUUACUGAGAUACUUUGUUUUUCUACUUCCGACACUUUAUGGGGAAAAAUGUUUGACAUUAAAUGCUCACUCUCUCUUACAUUUGCCAGAAUGUGUUAAAGAGCUAGGCCCGCUAUGGAGUUACUCCUGUUUUUCAUUUGAGGGUGCAAAUGGGGAGCUGCUUAAGAUGUUCCAUGGAACACAGUUCAUAGACAUACAGAUUGCAAAUGCUGUUCACAUUUAUCAGUUGCUUCCCACUCUUGCAGAUAGUGUCAGUUCUUCUAAUGUUGCAUAUAAGUUCAUCAAGUCGUUAACAAACACUGUGUCAGUAAAUAAUGAGUCUGAUAAAGCAAACGUUUUCAUGUUAGGAAAGCCAUACCAAAGGCAGCUUCCUUUAAGUGUUGGUCUUGAAGUUAGGAAAUUAGUUGGUUGUGAAAAUGUGCAGUUGAAUUUUUAUAAUAGAGCAAAAAUAAAAGGUAAUUUAUACCAUAGCAUGGCAUACAGUAGAGUUACAAAAAGGAAUUCCUAUUCUGUAAAAUUUCUUUUAAAUGGAAACAUUUGUUUUGGUUUCAUUCAUUGGUUUGCUACAUUUAGAAACAAUUCUGUUGAUUACUCAAUGGCUUGUGUUGAAAAAUUCGAGAUAAAAAACUGGAAUGUAUUUGAACAAUGUGAUGCUAUUGAUGAUGAAGAUGAGUUGAUCAGGCAAAAUUUCAUGAAUGUAAAUUUGCCACACAUUAAGUUGUUAAAACAGUGUGGGAAAAUGUUAGUUAUAAGUGUCGAAGAUAUUUGUAACUUAUGUAUAUGUGCCAAUUUUGAUGAUGUAUAUUAUUUUUGUGAGGAACCAAACAUGCAUGAAAAAAGCUUGUGAGAACACUAUAGUGGGAUCCAUGAUGUCUAUAAACUAGCAAGACACUGAUUUUGCUCCAAGUUAAUUGGUCAUGAAAUUGUGAAAACAGUCAAAAAAUAAGAUAAAUUUCAUUAAAAAUGAGAACAGAGAAAUGAAAAAAUCUGAGUAUUGUAAAUCAUAUGAGUAAUGGCUGAAUAUAGAUAUAAUGCAUAGAGACUUUGGCUCACUAUGAAAAUUGUGAUAACUGUUUCCAAGACGGAGUGGAACCUUUGAAUGUAUCACUUUUACAAAAGGAAAAUUUGAAUUAUUCAUUGACUGUUUAGGUUUCAGUCUUUUCAAAGCUAUACAUUUAGAUUGCAUGUUUUGAUAAAAUAGUACAAAAGUCAGUACAAAUCUUUGAAGUGAAAAGUACUUAAUUUAGCUGCAAUAGAUAGGGAAAUUAUUUGAAACUUUAAGAAUUAUUUGUUAUUAUUUUGUUAUGUAACUUAAUACUUGGUACACGUAUUUCCUAAAACCUACAAUAUUGCAUUAUAUCACCCUUUCCUUCUGCUCACAGCCAUUUUGGUAGGCAAGAUCUGAUAAGCAUUAACAGAAGAUAUCCACAAAUACCUGAUACCUGCUGUGCUUACUGUUUCUUUUAACUUUAUAACUUCAUAAUUUUUACAAAUCAGGUUGUUUAAUCUAGCUGUUAUGUCAUUGAUAUAACUGCUGACCAAAAUGGCUGAAAAUUUAAAACAAGGAGGUGAAUAUCAUAGGGGUUUGGGAAGUAUUGAUACUUACAUGAAACAUGCUUAAUAAAUUUAUUUUGAAUCCUU